AUGGAAGACCUGAUAGGCCGGAUGCAGGACGAGAAGAACGGCAUCCCAAUCCGCACUGUGAAGAGUUUUCUCUCCAAAAUUCCCAGUGUGUUCUCCGGUUCGGACAUUGUGCAGUGGCUGGUGAAGAACUUGAACAUUGAGGAUCCAGUGGAGGCUCUGCACCUGGGCACUCUGAUGGCGGCGCACGGUUAUUUCUUCCCCAUCUCAGACCACGUGCUCAUGCUCAAAGACGAUGGAACCUUCUACAGAUUCCAGACGCCAUAUUUCUGGCCUUCAAACUGCUGGGAGCCAGAGAACACGGACUACGCGGUGUACCUGUGCAAACGUACGAUGCAAAACAAAGCUCGUCUGGAGCUGGCUGACUACGAGGCAGAGAGUUUAGCGCGGCUCCAGCGUGCCUUCGCCAGGAAAUGGGAGUUCAUCUUUAUGCAAGCAGAAGCACAAGCUAAAGUCGAUAAGAAGAGGGACAAAAUCGAGAGGAAAAUUCUUGACAGUCAGGAGCGAGCUUUCUGGGAUGUCCACAGACCAGUGCCAGGGUGUGUCAACACGACAGAAGUGGACAUCAAAAAGUCCUCCAGAAUGAAGAAUCCUCACAAAACCAGAAAGUCCGUAUACGGCCUUCAGAAUGAUAUCCGAAGUCAUAGCCCCACCCACACGCCCGCCCCUGAGGCCAAGCAGCCAACCGUGGAGGAGCUUCAGGAACAGAUCAAAUUCUGGCAGGCACAGUUAGACAGGCAUCGAUUGAAGAUGUCCAAAGUUGCAGAAGGUUUAUUAGGCUACACAGAACAGUAUGCAGAUUACGAUCCUUUCCUCUCUACUCCUGACCCCUCGAACCCGUGGAUCUCAGACGACACGACCUUCUGGGAGCUGGAGGCGAGUAAGGAGCCGACGCAGAGCAGGGUGAAGCGUUGGGGUUUCAGGAUGGAUGAGGUGCUGAAAGAUCCUGCAGGGAGAGAGCAGUUCCUCAAAUUCCUCGAGUCCGAGUUCAGCUCAGAAAAUCUCAGGUUCUGGUUGGCGGUGCAAGAGCUGAAGAAGAGGCCUAUUAAAGAGGUGCCGUCUCGUGUACAGGAGAUUUGGCAAGAGUUUUUGGCUCCCGGAGCUCCCAGCGCCAUCAAUGUUGAUUCCAAGAGCUAUGACAAAACCACGCAGAAUGUCAAGGACCCCGGGCGCUACGCUUUUGAGGACGCACAGGAACACAUCUAUAAGCUCAUGAAGAGUGACUCGUAUAGCCGUUUCAUCAGAUCCAGUGCCUACCAGGAACUCCUGCAGGCCAAAAAGAAGGGGAAAUCUCUGGCGUCUAAGAGACUGCCUGCCGUCUGA